AUGGAAAUCUGUCCCACAGAGCCGCCCUGCUUCAGCGAGGAGGCCGUGGUGCUCUCCGUUGCGGACUACUCAGCAACGGAGUGCCGCGCCCGCUUGCACGAUAUUCGGGCUGAGGGCGUGGUGCUGAGCGAGCUCCUGAGCCGGCGGGGCCCGGCAGCGUGGGUGGGGACGGGGGCCUCCCCAGAGGCAGCUGUCACCGAGAGCACGCGAGCGCUGGCCCAACUGGCGCAGGACUGCCGCACCCGCAGCACUGUGCUGGUGCUGACUUCAGAGUCGAACUUCGAUCUAGUGCUGGUUCCGCGUGAGGCAUGUGGCGAGGAUGGCGUGGCUUUUGCUGUCUUCACCACGCGGGUGGAAGGUGUUGCCUUCAUUGCCCGCACCAUCUCCGCCAGGCAGGUACCCGUGGUGCUCGACCUGGACAGCACGUUGGUUGAGUCGGAGCACUUGCUGACUACGCCUCCAGACUGGCACGCCAUGGAUUGGCAGACGGUCGGCCUGACGCAGCAGCCCUCCGGGGUGUUUGUGUCCGGCAAGAUUUGCCCACUGCCAGCUGAACCGUCCGCAGAGAGCGUGCAUGCGGCAUCCUGGUUCUGGAAGGGCGUGGCACACAACUACCGCGUGCGGCAGCGGCCUGGCUGGUCCCACCUGCGCGACUUGCUCAUACAAGAGACCCGUGAAGGAGGGAAGCUAUCCGCCUAUGUGCUCUCGCUGGGCAGGCCUCUGUACAUCCAGGUGAACAGCGCACGUCCCGAUGGAGUGUAUCAUGUGCCAGACAAGACUCCCUGCAUCGGCACUGGCCUGCGCAGCAUCUUUGCACAAGAUCUCAACAUGCACCUAGGGCCUGUGUGGUGCGCCGAUGACUUGCCAGAGGUUUACACUGAUAAAUACCGAGACAGCGUUUACCCUGUUCAGCCCUACCGGCCGGUGGCUGGACAGCCCAAUCAGCAGCAUGAUGAUGGCAGCGUGCUGCGCGAGAUGGGCACCUUGCUGAUGCAAUACUGGGAGCACUGCUACGGCGCCGGAGGCCAAGGAGGGGCAGUUGCACAAGUAGAAGCGGCAGCCAGCCGCACACUGCACCAGCUGUCGGCAGUGCCGCUGUUUGCCCAGAACGGUGCAGCCAAUUGGUGCGCCGGCCUGUUCCAGAGCAACGGCGCAGGUUCCGCGCUGUCAGUGCGAACCUUUAUCGAGCUCCAGAGCACCAAGCUGUUCGCUUCUGUGCGUGAGGCGUCGACAGCGCAGGUGGAUACGGAACUGGGGAUGCCCGAGAACAACGAGAACAAGCUGCAGGCCAAGGACAAUGUGGGAGCAUCAUCCAGCAGUACACAGCAGCCGUCGAACGUCAAGCUUGACGUUCAGCAACAACUGGCGGCGGCGGAGCAUGCGACGCUGCUGUGCGCGGCUGGCGCCACCCCGCAGCAGCCUGGGACUGCUCUGGUAGAAGGCUCGCCGGCGCCGCAAAAGGAGGACAGCGACGGGAAUGGCCAUUUGGGCCGCAAGCGCGACUUUGCGUCCAUAGACGGCCGGGACACUCUGCGUGAGCCAGAUGCUGCCGUCAUGGCGGCCGCCGACGUUUAG